AUGGCGUCGUCACACGGAGAUCUCUCCCAUCUUUUAACGCCCACCUUCAGCCAGACGAUCUCUGCUUGGCUGCAAGAGGAUUGUCCUAGUUUUGACUAUGGCGGCUUCGUCGUUGGGGAAGCCGAGGGUGAAGCCAGGCUUCUGGGGAAGAGUAAGGGAAUGGUGGCAGGAGUACCCUUUUUCAAUGAAGUGUUUUCACAGCUAGGCUGCACUGUUGAAUGGAACGUCAAUGAGGGCGACAGGAUCGAACCGAUCACUGUCUGUGCAAUUGUUCGAGGCCCAAUGCGGCAAAUCCUUCUGGGUGAACGAGUUGCUCUGAAUAUACUUGCACGGUGCUCGGGAAUUGCCACGAAGACAGCAAACCUUGUCAACAUUAUCCGCUCCCAUAACUGGAAUGGAAUCGUAGCCGGCACGCGAAAAACGACCCCUGGCUUCCGUCUCGUGGAGAAAUAUGGCAUGCUCGUUGGUGGCGCGGACCCGCACCGCCACGACCUCAGCUCCAUGACCAUGCUCAAGGACAACCAUAUCUGGGCAUGCCACAACAAAAGCCAGCCCCAGGGCGCAACUCAUUCGACAAAAUCACCGACAAUUGCUCAAGCCAUCCCCGCUGCUGUCGCCGCCGCACGCGCCGUUGGGGGCUUCUCCACAAAAGUCGAUGUGGAAUGCCGCACCAUCGACGAAGCUCAUGCAGCCAUUGCUGCUGGUGCGAAUGUAGUCAUGCUCGAUAACUUCUCUGCUGCGGAAGUGGCUGGGGCCGCGAAGAAGUUGAAGGAUGAAUGGACCGCCAAAGGGAAGCCGCGGGGCUCCUUUUUGGUUGAGGUUAGUGGUGGGUUGAACGAGCAGAAUGCGGCUUCGUUUGCGGUAGAGGAUGUAGAUAUUCUAUCCACUAGCAGCAUUCACCAGGGGGUGGGAAUCGUCGACUUUUCGUUGAAGGUUUCGUUGAGGUAA